CUGCGCCGGGACCAGGCAUUGCCCCCGCUCCCAGUCCCCCGCCGCGCUCCUCGCCCCGGCUGGGCACCGUCGGGGGCUGCAUGGCGGCGCUGACCCGCGCGGCCCGGCCCCGGGGCCCCCCGGGCUGGCGGCCCCGGCCCCCGCUGUCGGCGCCCCCGCCCUCGCUGCUGCUGCCCCUGCUGCUGCUCGGCGUAGCGGGGAGGGCGGCGCCGGGCCUGGGGCCCGAGCUCCAGGUGGAGCGGCGCUCCGUGCCCGAGCAGUGCCCGCGGACCGUGCGCGCCGGGGACUUUGUGCGCUACCACUACGUGGGCACCUUCCCCGACGGCCGCAAGUUCGACUCCAGCUAUGAUCGGGGCUCUACGUUCAACGUAUUUGUGGGGAAAGGUCAGCUGAUUGCAGGGAUGGACAAAGCCCUGGUUGGCAUGUGUGUGAACGAGAGGAGAUUUGUGAAAAUUCCCCCUCAGCUUGCCUACGGGAGCGAAGGCGUCCCCAACGUCGUUCCCCCUGAUUCAGUGCUGCACUUCGACGUCCUCUUGAUGGACAUCUGGAAUUCCGAAGACCAAGUUCAAGUUCAUACUUAUUUUAAGCCUGCUGAUUGUUCUCGGACGAUCCAGGUGUCAGACUUUGUCAGGUAUCACUACAACGGCACAUUCUUGGAUGGGACUCUGUUCGACUCCAGCCACAAUCGGAUGAAAACUUAUGACACCUACGUGGGGAUUGGCUGGCUGAUCCCUGGGAUGGACAAAGGCCUCCUGGGCAUGUGUGUGGGGGAAAAACGAAUCAUCACCAUACCACCUUUUCUGGCCUAUGGGGAAGACGGCGAUGGUAAGGACAUUCCUGGGCAGGCCUCUCUGGUGUUCGAUGUGGCCUUGUUGGAUCUGCACAAUCCCAAAGAUGGCAUUGCCGUCGAGAACACGUUUUUGCCAGAAGACUGUGAGCGCAGAAGCCGCCCUGGGGACUUCCUCCGCUACCACUACAACGCUUCGCUCCUGGACGGCACCUUGUUUGACUCCAGCUAUUCACGGAACCGCACGUUUGACACCUACAUCGGGCAGGGCUACGUGAUUGCCGGGAUGGACGAAGGUUUGCUUGGCGUGUGCAUCGGAGAGCGACGCCGCAUCACCAUCCCACCUCACCUGGGGUAUGGAGAAGAAGGGCGAGGGAACAUCCCUGGCUCUGCUGUCCUGGUCUUUGACAUCCACAUCAUUGACUUCCACAACCCUUCGGACUCUGUCAACAUCACCUCACGUUACAAGCCCCACAACUGCUCGAUCCUGAGCAAGAAAGGGGAUUACCUCAAGUAUCAUUACAAUGCUUCGCUCAUGGAUGGCACGAAGCUGGACUCCACACUUAAUUUGGGCAAAACCUAUAAUAUCGUUCUGGGAUCGGGACAGGUCGUGCUGGGGAUGGACAUGGGGCUCCGAGACAUGUGCGUUGGAGAGAAACGGACGGUCGUCAUCCCCCCCCACCUUGGCUAUGGGGAGGCUGGAGUGGUGGGAGAAGUGCCGGGGAGCGCCGUGCUGGUCUUUGACAUCGAGCUUCUCGACCUGGUGUCCGGCCUGCCCGAAGGCUACAUGUUCAUUUGGAAUGAGGAGGUGUCCCCCAACCUCUUUGAAGAAAUUGACAAAAAUGGGGAUGGAGAGGUUCUUCUGGAGGAGUUCUCAGAAUACAUCCACGCACAGGUGGCAUCGGGCAAGGGGAAGCUGGCACCGGGCUUCGAUGCGGAGAUGAUCGUGAAGAACAUGUUCACCAACCAGGACCGAAACGGAGACGGCAAAGUCACCGCCGAAGAGUUCAAGCUGAAAGACCAGGAAGCGAGACACGACGAGCUGUGACCGAGGGCAAGGGCGGGGCGGCUGGGGGGGGCGGCACGUGCCCAGCCCGGCGGGGCCGCCUUGGCACCUUCAUCAUGUGGCUCCAAGGAGAGAGCCGUGAAGAGGGGCAUAAAGCCCAGAGUUCUGCUGUGUAAAGACUGUUUGGCUUUUAAUUUCUAACUUCCAGUUUCCAUUUGUUUAGAAGGUUUCUCUAGAUGUAUGAAGUCAGCAGAGGAGAGCCCCUCCGGGGCAUCAGUCAGCCCCGAUAAGACGCCUGCAAUCCUGAGAGUCUGCCUGCUGCCCUCCCACUUAAGCAGCUGCACGGCCUCUUUGGUCCUGAAGUCCUGCGGGUCAGAAGGAGCUCCAUGGGCAGGCCUGUCAGGGUCAUCCACUGAUGGGAGGGGGGCUGGAAUCCUGGGGCUGGAGCUCUCUGCGCCUGUUAAAGCAGGGGCACUUCCCCAUUGCUGUGCCCCAGCCCCGAGGAAGCCCAUGGACCUCUCCACAAUCCGGUGGUUAAAUGCACAAAAUAAAAUACAGGGAUGGCGGAGGGGGCUGAGUGUAGGGAGACACAGGUACCAGAGUGUCCCGCAAGGCUUAGUGCACGCUUCCAAUUGCACCAAGACUUGGGGGACCCUUGGUACAAGCUUAGAGACCCCAGGUGGGUGGCUGCCUUCUGUCCCAGACCAGCUGUGUGUUGGUGCCUGUCUGUCCAAGCAGAAAGCCCUCAGCCCUCACACCCACCUGUCCUUAGCCUCUUCUCUUUAACAAGUGUGAAUGAUUCCUGACCCUUCUGCUGCGCCUGUCCUCAUCUCGAAAAGCGGUGAGAGCGCUGGCCACUCCUGGAGGCCCAAGGCCAUGGCCUCCAAGGCCGCCUGCAAGCGCUUUAUCUGACUAUAGGACGGUAUUUUGUCCCAGGGUAACUCAAGAGCGCACCACGAGAAUGCUGGGCACUCGCUGAUGCCCCGAGGGCUGAGAUCAGAUUUUUUGUUACAUAAAACAGUGAACAAUG